GUAUCCUUCUUACGAAGUAAGAGAAUCUUUACAUUUGAUGCGUAAUCGAGAUUGUUCGCCAUAUACUACUUAAGAGAUGGAGGUGGAAUAUCAAGAGGAGUAUAUCAGGAAUUCCAGAGGAGUGCAGCUCUUUACCUGCAGAUGGUUACCUACUUCUUCUUCUUCACCAAAGGCCCUAGUUUUCCUUUGCCAUGGGUAUGGCAUGGAAUGCAGCGGUUUCAUGAGAGGGUGUGGGACGAGGCUUGCUAGUGCAGGAUAUGGGGUGGUAGGUAUGGACUACGAAGGGCAUGGCAGGUCUAUGGGGGCCCGUUGUUACAUCAAGAAGUUUGAUGACAUUGUUUCUGAUUGCAACAAUUUCUUCAAGUCUGUCUGUGAGGAAGAAGAGCACAGAGGGAAACGCAGGUUCUUGUACGGUGAGUCGAUGGGUGGAGCGGUGGCGCUUCUCCUUCACAAGAAAGACCCAACAUUCUGGCACGGUGCCGUUCUCGUGGCUCCCAUGUGCAAGAUAUCGGAGAAGGUGAAACCGCACCCGGUGGUUGUGAACCUAUUGACACAAGUGGAAGAUCUCAUUCCCAAAUGGAAGAUUGUUCCUACCAAGGAUGUCAUUGAUUCUACCUUUAAAGACCCCUUCAAGCGGGAAGAGAUACGAAACAACAGGCUGAUAUACCAAGACAAGCCUAGACUGAAGACAGCUCUGGAAAUGCUCAGAACGAGCAUGAGCCUUGAGGACAGCUUGAACCAGGUGACCAUACCGUUCUUCCUGCUGCAUGGGGAAGCAGACACUGUGACUGAUCCAGGAGUGAGUCGAGCAUUAUACGAGCAAGCUGUCAGCAAAGACAAGACCAUGAAGCUGUAUGCGGGAAUGUGGCAUGGCCUUACCUCCGGCGAACCCGAUCACAAUAUAGAGAUCGUUUUUGCAGACAUCAUAGCAUGGCUCGACAAGCGAACUGAUAUCAGUGACGAAAAUGCAAUCUCUAUGGCUGAUCAACACCUGAUUCUACGUUCUGACCCACCGCCAUUAGAGCAAUUAGGGCGUCUGACUCCUCUAACAUCGUCGAUGGAGAAAGAUAGAGAGCAGCGGCGGCGGCGGAACAAGCAGAGCACACGCCACUUAGGUAAUUAUCUGUGUGGCUGGAAGGGACGACGUAUGCACCACCACCACCACCACUCUGCCAUGUAGUCCGUCAAACUAUUCAUGUAGAUGUUGUUC